AUGAUUCAGGCGGGUGUACCAUGUGUACCGGGUUAUGAAGGUGAUCAGCAAGAUAUAGAGUAUUUAGAACAACAAGCCAAUAAGAUUGGUUAUCCACUGAUGGUCAAAGCUUCAGCAGGCGGUGGUGGGCGCGGUAUGCGUCUGGUACAGCAAUCUGCCGAUAUUGUUGAAGCCUUAAAAACAGCGCGCUCUGAAGCAGAAAAUGCUUUUGGUUCAGGUGAGCUGAUUCUUGAAAAAGCUGUGAUUGCUCCACGCCAUGUUGAGAUACAGCGUCGUCAUCAAAAAGUGGUUGAGGAAGCUCCAUGUCCAGUGAUGACCGAAAGCUUACGCCAACAAAUGGGUGAGGCUGCUGUUGCAGCAGCGAAAUCAUGUGAUUAUGUCGGUGCAGGAACGGUUGAGUUUCUAUUGGAUCAAUCAGGUGAGUUUUAUUUCCUCGAAAUGAAUACACGUUUGCAAGUCGAGCAUCCAGUAACAGAGCUGAUCACGGGUUUAGAUCUGGUGGAAUGGCAACUGCGUGUGGCCAAUGGUGAAACCUUGCCCUUACAACAAUCUGAAUUGACCUUAUCAGGGCAUGCGAUAGAAGUUCGCUUAUAUGCAGAAGACCCACGUCAAGACUUCUUGCCACAGACUGGUCAAAUACAGCGCUGGCAAGCUGCUGAUUUACCCAAUGUUCGAAUUGAUCAUGGUUUGUUGCAACAGGAUGAAAUUAGUCCGUUUUACGACCCAAUGGUGGCAAAAGUCAUUGCAUAUGGUCAAACCCGUCAGGAUGCCAUUCGGCUCUUGGCGCGUGCUGUAGAUGAUUGUGUAUUGUUGGGGGUAAAUAGUAAUAAGCAGUUUUUAGUGAAUUUACUUAGACACCCUAUUAUUGUCAAAGGCGACACCAAUACCGCCUUUAUUCAAGAGCACUUCCAAACAGAUGCCAGCUUACAUAAACAAGCUUUGGGCUUAGAACACCUAGCUGUUGCUGCGGCACUGUUGACCAAUGCUUCUAGUCAAAGCAGUUGGAAUACCGGAAUUGCGUUAUCUUUACCUUUAAAACUCAAGCAUGAUGAUCAGUUAUUACAGCUUUUGGUGAAACGUGAUCAAAACCAAGUGAGCGUUGAAAUUUGUGGGCAGACACUUGGGAUCAGCAUUAUUGGACAGCAAGCAGAAAAAUUCAUUUAUGAGGUGGAUGGUGUACGCCGUUCGAUUGACUAUGUCUUAGAUGGAAAUCAGCUGUAUUUAGAUGCGGUAAAUGGCAAUAUCAGCAUUGAAAAUACCACCUAUGCAGCACCUGAAACUUCCGAUGUCGCAGGCGAUGGUAACAUUCGUGCACCAAUGGAUGGUGCGAUUAUCAAUAUCUUGGUAAAUGCCGGUGAUACGGUGACUAAAGGUCAAACUUUGUUGAUUUUAGAAGCGAUGAAGAUUCAGCAACAGAUUAAGUCUGAUGUGGACGGUGUCGUGAAUGAGAUUGUUGGGCAAGUUGGACAACAGGUAAAGAAACGUCAGUUGGUAUUGAAUAUUCAGGCUUGA